CUAAUCGUUCCGUUCAGUAUGUUCUUGUCGUUCGGAAGGUUUGCGUCUUAAAUCGCGUUUGAGUCGCGCAGUUGUCGUUGUCGUCUUCGCCGCGGUCGGUUGGUUGGUGCAUUGUGCAAUUCGAAGCUCACUAGUAGAGUUACCAAAUCAAGUUUAAGAUACCUUAUCAGAGCAAAAAAAAAAUAAGAGAUUACAAAAUGUGGACGUCACCUUUACCCUGGACCUUAGUAGUAUUAUUUUCUAUAGAUUCUGUUCGAUCACUUGAUCUGCCCGAAUACCUGCACGUGUGCCACAAAGAAGACCCAAAGCUGACGGAGUGUAUGAAAGAAUCGAUCGAAACGUUACGACCGUACCUGGCCCGAGGUAUCCCGGAGCUGGACAUUCCCGCCAUUGAGCCAAUCAACCUGGGAGACCUCAUUGUGGCGGAAAGUGUACCCGGCCAGGGUAUCAGCAUCACAGCCAAGGACAUCAAAGCCUACGGUCCCUCGAACUAUCGACUAAAGAAGCUUAAUGUGGUCGAGUACGGCAAAGUGUACACCUUCGAGCUGGAACUUCCCCACCUGUAUGUUGAAGGUCGAUAUGUAGUGGACGGUAGAAUCCUGCUACUGCCAGUGAAAGGCGCUGGAAAAUUCAACGGAAACUUUACCCAAGGAUUUGGCAACGUGCGCAUCAAGGGAGACCGAAAGGUAAUCAACGGCAAGAACCACCUCUCGCUGGCCAAGCUGGACAUCAAGAUCAAGGUCGGUGACGGGAAAAUCAAGCUGGAAAACCUGUUCGGCGGCGAUCGAGUCCUAGGUGAAAUCAUCAACCAAACGAUCAACCAGAACUUUUCCCUGCUGAGCCACGAGUUGAUUCCGCUGAUCGAGAAGGCCCUCCAGAGGAUAUUCAAGCGGACGGGUAACAAAAUUCUGGAACGAUUCCCCGAGGAGGUGUUAUUCCCUUGACCGAAGAAAGCGGGGGACAAAGGCGAUCGAUCCAGCCGAUGGAAUUCGGAGCACAAACUUGUAGGAUAAGUUGAGGGAAACAAAAAAAAAACGAGACAAAUUCGAACGCAAAACUGACUGUAAAUUUUGUUAGGGAAAUCUGAUUCAAAACGCUAGGCUAAAACAUGAGCAAAACGGUGAUCAACUUGUGAACUAUUGCAUACUUUAUGGCGCCAGCCGGACGGGCGACCCGCGGCGGUGCAAAACGAGCUUUCGAGAGGUGUAAAUACUGUUGAAAUUAUGUCAAUUUUAUUUAAUAAAAAAAUGGAAAAC